GUCAUUUCUGCUAUAAGUCAGCACCAGGGUUAAGGUGCAAGCUGUUCGGCUUAUUUCCGAUAUUUGUUCGUAGUUUCCUGAUCCGCAAGGCAUCACCUCUUGCUGCCUGCUGCCUUGUAGGCCCAAGGCUGAUGUAACUUGUUCGUGUUAUCAUCCGUGUUCUUCCUGAUCCGCAAGGCAAUCACCUCUUGCUGCCUUGUAGGCCCAAGGCUGAUGUAACUUGUUCGUGUUAUCAUCCGUGUUCUUUCUUAUCCGCAAGGCAAUCACCUCUUGCUGCAAGACAGUUUCACAAUUUGUGUAGUGUCUGCCAUCUUCCAAGCCCAUAAUUCCGAUGCAUACCGUCGGUUUUACCGUCCGGGGUCAUCCAUAUCAUGAGGUUGAGAUGUCCAUCCUGGACCAUUGAAAAUAAGGCUCCCAAUUCGGGUCUCCCCCUUAUUCUCUGCCAAAAUGGAGACUCGCCUCUUGGUUACAGCUCGGGUUCCACCACAAUAAGGUUCGGGCGAGCUGCAUGGCCAAGGCAAGAUUUUAAGACCAGAGUCCCGAUCCCCCGCUCGGUCACCCUAUGACUUCGGAUGCCGCCCGGUUCGUCCUACUCAAGAUCUUUUACACCAUCUCCCAAGCUGAGUCCGGGCUUGGUUAACCUGCAUAUUUUUUUUUUUUUUUUUUUUUUUGUGCUGAGAUGGUGGCUCCCCAUGGAUCGAGACAAGUGGUAUCUAUCGAUCGAGGUGAGACUUUAUGGAAUGUGAAGAUGCCUCCUAAGCAAAUAAUGUCGUGCUGUGGGGCUGAUCAUGAUAUGAGGAACAUGAAUAAUCCAAGGGUCUUGCGAGCGCCCUCUGCUCAAGGACAAUGGCAGCAACUGCGGCAGCGGUCCACAAAAUGUAGCCAUGCUGAAAGUCAAGCAACGGUCCUCAUCCGCGCAGUGCGGGGACGAGGCCGGUCUUCAAAUAUGAUAAUGGCACCGUACCAGAGGGUCGGUGGCCAUGUAAUGAGGUCGCCACUGGGGGCUGAUCGGAACAGAACUAGCAACGGUCCUUAUCUGCACGAUGCGGGGACAAGGCCGGUCUUCAAAUAUGAUAAGGGCACCGUACCAAAGGGUCGGUGGCCAUGUAAUGAUGUCGGCGCUGGGGGCCGAUCAGAAACAAAUAAUCAACGGUCCUCAUCCGUGAGGAGCAGAAAUGAGGCCGGUCUUCCAAAUGAUCACCAUGCCGAGCCAGAAGAGUCGGUUGUGGUGAGAGGAAAGUCGGCGCUGGGAGGCCGAUCUGUAAAUCCGAGGGUCUUACAGGCGCCCUCAGCCCAUAAUGUUGCUCUAGGUGCCGAACGGCGAAGGCCGGAUUGCCAGUCAGGUAGCGUAAUCUGAAAGCUCGUGUAUCGUAUAGUCCAUAGAACUUCCCUUCAUGUGUUGUGACAUCUAUACAUUUGUAGUCUCUUCUUUUCUCAAUUGUCCAUGAUUCCUUCUACACACUAGUAACCUCACUCUCUCUCUCACUUUUUUUUUUUUUUCCUUUCCUUUUUUUUUUUUUCAUUCCUUUUUUUUUUCUUUCCUCUUUUUUUUUUUUCCUCUUUUUUUUUCCUUGCGUUUCCCGAUCUUCCUGUCCGGUCUGACCGAACGGCUCUAAAUGUAAAUGUUCCUUCUUUUUGUUGCCAAUCAUGAGCGUCUCUGCGCGUCACGUCGAACGUCAUGAACAUCUCUGUGCAUCAUGAACGUCUUUGAAUAAAUGUGAUUCUUUUCUUGUUGCCGGGCAUGAACGUCUACGCGCUUCAUGCCGAAUCGUCAUGAACAUCUACGUGCAUCAUGACCUCCCGUUCGAGAAUAUCUCAAGAAUCUCACUGCACAGUAAGCAUGGUAAUACGGCCGAACGGCCGGACAACAUAUACAAGUAUAUACAAUUACUCAUGUAUAACAUUUCCCUUUUAUUUUUUAUUUUUCAUCCAUGACUAUCGGCCGAAGCGGUAAU